GCGUGGGUGGCGGCCGCGCAGAGCGGAGCCUCCGCGCCCGCAGAGAGGCGGCUGCGGGGCCGGGGCCGCCGGGCCCGGGCUCGGCGGAGCGGCGCGGAACGGAGCAUGUCGGCUCUGAGGAGGAAGCUGGGGGAUGACUACCAGGUAGUGAGCACCUCGGCCAGCGGCGGUGGGUUGCCGCCGCCCCGGGCGGCCCCGCGGGGGAAGAGGCAGCGGUUCGUGGAUAAGAACGGGCGGUGCAACGUGCAGCACGGCAACCUGGGCGGAGAGACCAGCCGCUACCUUUCGGAUCUCUUCACCACCUUGGUGGAUCUCAAGUGGCGUUGGAAUCUCUUCAUCUUCAUCCUCACCUACACCGUGGCCUGGCUCUUCAUGGCCUCCAUGUGGUGGGUGAUCGCCUACAUGCGGGGAGACCUCAACAAGGCGCACGACGACAGCUACACCCCCUGUGUGGCCAACGUCUACAACUUCCCCUCUGCCUUCCUCUUCUUCAUAGAGACCGAAGCCACCAUCGGCUACGGCUACCGCUACAUCACGGACAAAUGCCCCGAGGGCAUCAUCCUCUUCCUCUUCCAGUCCAUCCUGGGCUCCAUCGUGGAUGCCUUCCUCAUCGGCUGCAUGUUCAUCAAGAUGUCCCAGCCCAAGAAGAGGGCCGAGACGCUGAUGUUCAGCGAGCACGCUGCCAUCUCCAUGCGGGACGGCAAACUGACCCUCAUGUUCCGGGUGGGCAACCUCCGCAACAGCCACAUGGUCUCGGCGCAGAUCCGCUGCAAGCUGCUCAAAUCUCGCCAGACUCCAGAGGGCGAGUUCCUCCCGUUGGAUCAGCUGGAGCUGGACGUGGGCUUCAGCACAGGGGCUGACCAGCUUUUCCUGGUGUCCCCACUCACCAUCUGCCACGUGAUAGAUGCCAAGAGCCCCUUCUAUGACCUCUCCCAGCGCAGCAUGCAAACGGAGCAGUUCGAGAUCGUUGUCAUCCUGGAGGGCAUUGUGGAGACCACAGGGAUGACGUGCCAAGCCAGGACAUCCUACACCGAGGACGAGGUGCUCUGGGGCCAUCGCUUCUUCCCUGUCAUCUCCUUGGAAGAAGGCUUCUUCAAAGUUGACUACUCCCAGUUCCACGCCACCUUCGAGGUGCCCACCCCACCCUACAGCGUGAAGGAGCAGGAGGAGAUGCUGCUCAUGUCCUCCCCUUUGAUCGCGCCUGCUGUCAGCAACAGCAAGGAGAGGAAUAACUCAGUGGAGUGCCUGGAUGGCCUGGAUGAAGUUGGCACCAAACUACCUUCAAAACUGCAGAAAAUUACUGGGAGGGAAGACUUCCCCAAAAAACUCCUCAGGAUGAGUUCCACCACCUCAGAGAAGGCCUACAGCAUGGGGGAUUUACCCAUGAAACUCCAGAGGAUCAGCUCGGUCCCUGGGAAUUCAGAGGAGAAACUGGUGUCUAAGACCACCAAGAUGAUCUCAGAUCCCAUCAGCCAGUCGGUGGCCGACCUGCCCCCCAAGCUGCAGAAGCUGUCAGGUGGGGGCAGGAUGGAAGGGAACCUUCCACCCAAACUGAGGAAAAUGAAUUCCGACCGGUUUACAUAACCCCAACAGGGACCUGGAGCUGUGGUUUGGAGCUUGGAACUGCUGCUGCUGGGGCAGGGGGUGGCAGGAGGGUGGCAAACUCCACGCUGGGUGGUGGCCGGAGCCAUCCCUCGGGUGGUGGUGGUGGUGGUGGGGACUGAGCUGUGAGGAGGUAGCAAGGAGGGGAGGAUGAGGCAAGCUGACGUUCCUUGGCAUGUAGAAUCACACCAUGCAUGCAGUGCUAGUGGGCAACCUUUGCAUAUAGUCCUGUGGCAUGAGUCCUUCCAUCCAUCCAUCCAUCCAUCCUGUAGAGCUGACAAACCUGGCAAGGGACCCCCCCCCUGCAUUUCUAACAAGGGGGUGACCUGCAGGGCAAGUUCCAAUUGGGGCUCAAAAUGGUUCUUUUAUUUAUUAUUAUUUUCUGAUGUAAAUUGCUGCCUUUUGUUCAACCAAGUAGUUCUGCUGCAUGUCCUUUUUUGCUUCAAAGAAGGUUGAUUUGGCAGUGCUGGGUUAAUGGUUGAACCUGAUGAUCUUAAAGGUCUCUUCCAACCAAAAUGAGGAGGAAGGCAGCCCAGGUAAGGCCUUCAAGGAGGGGAGAUUCGGAGUGGAGAUUAGGAAGAAAUUCUUUCCAGUGAGGGUGGUGAAACACUGAAACAGGUUGCCCAGGCAGACUGUGGAUGCUCCCUGCCUGGAGGUGUUCAAGGCCAUGUUGGAUGGGGCCUUGAGCAACCUGGGCUGGUGGGAGGUCUCCCUCUACCCCUGGCAAGGGGGCUGGAACUGGAUGAUCUGUAAGGUCCCUUCCAGCCCAAACCAGUCUAUGAUUCUAUGAGUUAAUGCCUGACAUGGAAUCUGCAAGCCUUAACUGCUGGUUUCUACUUUGCUUUAGCACUUUCUUGGAGGUUGCUUCUCUUUUUUUUUGGGGGGGUGGCAGGCUUUUGUCAGUGGUGCCCAGUGACAGGACAAAGGGCAGUGGCCACACAACACAAGAAGUUCUACCUGAAGAUGAGGUUCUUUGGUGUGAGGAGCCUUGGAGCAGGCUGCCCAGAGAGGUUGUGGAGUCUCCUUGUCUGGAAAGCUUCCAAGCCCAGCUGGGCAUUGUGCUGCUGGGCUGUGAGUGCCUCUGCUUUUGCAGGGUGAGGUGGAGUGGAUGAUCUCCAGAGGUCCCUUCCACCUCCCCCAGGCUGGGAUUGUGGGAGUUUCCUGUGUCUAGGCUACUGGAAGAAAAAGAAUCAGUGUAUUUCAAGAGAUGUUGUUUAGAGAAGAAUCUUCUGUGGCUGACCCUGGGCAAAGCAAUCAAUAAAGGAAUGAAACCAAA